AUGUCUUCCCUUGCCAGUGAACUUGCUUCGAUUUCAAGUCCCGAACAGCAAAAGGAAUUCUUGGGAAAUAAACUUUUUCCUCUGGUUCUUGAACGUGUCAAACAUCCUGAUAUCACAAGCAAAGUCACCGGAGAAUUACUCGAGUUGGAUAACGACGAACUUUGUCGUCUGAUCGAUUCACACGAUGCUCUCAGCGCCAAAAUCGAUGAAGUAAAAACUGAAAUUGAAGCCUGUGAACCUUCAUCAUUUCCGAAAUAA